AUGAUGGAUGCCUGGUUCCACGCGACGCAGGCGAAGUGCGAGGUGGUGUUUGAGAUGAAGCUGGCGCUCUACGCGGAGGCCUGCACCGCCCUCGCCACGCGUCUCCAUCACUGUGCUGCUGCCGGUGUCCAGGAGACGGUCGGGGAGGUUGGCGGCGGGGCGAGCGCGGCCGAGCUGAUGCUUGGGAAGAUGCGGCUCGAGGGGCCGCUACGGCCCGCUAAGACAUCGGGAUUCUUGGACUCGAUUGAGCAGCAGCUACACGCCGCUUAUGACGGGCUGGACGACGGAUACGCCCUGGACCGGGAGGAUGCACAGGCCUUUGAGCACGCCAAGUUCUCCGCACUUGGGCCGAGCGCUACCGCGGCCUCGGACGCAGACACGGGCACGGGCACGGGCACGGGCGCGGCCCCGCAGCUCUACGGGGAACUCACAUCGCAGGGCGUUCGUCAGCUCCAUCGCACUUUACUGCAGUGUCUCGCACGCGCUGGUGCCGUUGUACACUCUGACGAAGCAAAGGCAAAGGGAGAAGCGGUACACGGCUCCUGCCAGCAGAGUCCCUCUGCCGCCAUAGUGGGGGUGGAUCUUGGAUGUGGGACGGGGAAGCUGUUGUUUGAGUGGUCUCUGUUGGCGCAGCGCGACGCGUUGCCGUGCGACUGGACGCACGUGGGGUUGGAGUUGGCGCCCUCGCGACUGCGCAUCGCAAGACGUGCGAUGCGGGGAAGUCAGCCGCUCGUGUACUCGCCCACGCAGCGGCGAUGGUGCGUGGGGCAGCGGCGGGUGUGUGGGGACGUGCGUGUUGUGUUGGGCGAGGCCGAUGUUUUUGCGCCUGGGCUUCUUUCCAACGAGACGUUUCUUCCUCUUGCCGACGGCGGGGGCACGCCGGGGGAGCUUUGCACGAGGCCGCCUCCCCACCUCGUGGUGUUCUGCUGCGGUUUGGGCUUUGCAGAGCCCGCCGUGCGUGAGCUGUGCGCCGCGCUGGAGCGGAUGUGGCGCCCCCCGCACGCGACCUCCCCGUCGCCGUGGCGCUCCCUGACGUGCGUCCUCCUGCUCCGCGCCUUUGCCGGGCUGCGCUCCUUCCCCCUCUUCAGGCUCUGCGCGGAGGCGGCGGGGCACCGCGACGCGGGCGACGGCGCCCUCCGCAGGAUGCAACUGAGCACAACGUGGAUGGAUGAGGCCCCCGCCUGGCUGCUCUCGCUGUCUCGCGCGUGA